UAGAACUCUCACAAAUCACAAAAGAAAUCCAAUUAAUUCAAAACAAAAUCAAAAUCAAAAUCAAUCAUUCACGAGAAAUGAGUUACAUGAACAGAGUGUGGAUGGCCGCCAGCGUCGCCGUCGUCAACGGCCACUCCGACAAAGGGCAGAAGCUGAAAUCCGGCCUCACUUCCCUCCACCACGGCGGCAAGAAGCGCUCCUUCUUCUCCGCCGCCGAUCUCCGCCCCUUCUCCGGCGCACUCAACACCGACAUGGAAGGCCUCUCCGCCGCCGCCGGCGAGAGGAUCGGGCAGGCCGACGAUUCUCUCCGGCAAGUCAUGUACUUGAACUGCUGGGGGCAGAGCUGACCGUCGCCCGUAGGGGUAAAACUGUAAAUUCAGGGAGCCAACCGAGAUGCUGAACCCGCUGAAGUGAGUCGGAUCGGCCCGGAUUUGGGGGGUGGAAAAUGGGAGAUGUCGGAAGAUGGAGGACCUGAUUGUAAAUUUUGUAAAAUUGACUUGUUGAGUUGUUUGUAGCAUCAAUAAUGGAUGGGCCAAUGAGUUAAUCAUAGUUACUUUUUUUCUUUGUUUU